AUGACCUCCGAGGAGGAGACCAUGGUCAGUUCCUUCUCGGUGGAAAGUCCGCCGCACAAGCCGCCGCAGUGCCGACCGAUUUGCGUGCCGGUGUUUUUGGUCAUGGUGCUCUACACCCAGGUGCUCCAUGGCCUGUGUGUGUUGCUACUGUUGAUUGGUAUCCAGGUGCCGCACGACUAUACUGGGACGCACCUCUUUCGCCUCGUGGGAGCCAGAUUUGCCACCACGGCGGCAUCUCAUCCUGUGAUGGAUGAUAGCAUGCGUCCAGUGAUGUUCUUGUCGAACCACAGGAGUUGGGGAGACUUCGUGGUGGACUGCACACUGCUCGGCAGCCCUUCCUUUAUCUCCCGAGCCUUGGUGGCGCUGGGCAUCCCCAUGACAGCCGCGUGGGGCUUCCUCCGCGGCUGGAUUUGGUUCUUCCAGCGAGGAAAGAAGCGCAGCGAGGGGACGGUGGAGUGGACCGCCAGGUUCUGGGCGCAAAGCCAGGAGAUCUACCCCGGGAAGGGAGUGGUCAUGUACCCUGAGGGUACACGCUCAGUUUCCCUAGAGGGUCUUCCACUGAAGCCGGGCGGCUUGGUCUCGGCUCACAAGUUGGGAUGGCCUUUGCAAAUUGUCAUCACCACAAACAAGGAGUUCAUUCUGGCUGAGAAGGCCUGCGUCUUGGGCUGUGGUGUGAACUGUGUCAGCGCAGUGUCAGCUCCUUUGUACCCAUCCGAGCAGGAGACUCCAGAUGCCUUUAUUCAGAGAGUCAAGGAGGUUUGGGAUGCUACGUGGAAAGACGCGUAUGGUUCAGCUGGCAUCCCCCGCUCCACCGCGCAGCUUCCGGGAGUGGCCCAGCAGUCCAUCAAUCUGAGUUUUGCUGGACCACUUCGACUGCAGCUGGCACGCAUGUUCGUGCUUGUGUUGCUUGUCCUCCUGGUGAUUUUCUGA